CUGAAGAAUAAUCAAAAGGUCGUGCGCGAGGCGGGGUUAGCGAUGCUUCACGACCGGCCAUGGCGGAAAACGACAUCCAGACGCUCCAAACCAUACUCAUCUCCUCUAAUUGUCAUCGCCACGUUCCUCUCCUUCCUCCUCCUGCGGUGUUCCCAUGGCCGAUGGUAAUGCAGAGAUUCUCACCGACGACUCGUUUGACUCUUCGAGCUCCGACGGUGAUCGUGAGCACUGGUCGGAGGUCCAGCCGAUGACCCAAAAGGGAAUUAGACGCUUGUGUUCAGAGCUCCUUGAAGUAAAGAAGGUCUCGGAGGAAGAUUUUAGUCAAAAUGCUUAUUCAUGUUAUUCGGCAUUUGUCAGGAUACUUGAUGAAGUGCCACAAGUUAACUAUGAUCUCGAGGAGUUGAAAGAACAUGUUUCAAACCAAAGGAAUCUUGUUCAAAAUUUGUUUAAAUGUCUUUAUUUGGAUAAACUGUCAGACAACACAAUAGAAACCAACAAGCAGGAUGAAGAUCUUGAUCUAUAUUCCUCUACAAAAUUUGACUUUCAAGUUUAUGAUACUUUGGACGCAUUGGAUAUUUUUCUCUCUGAGCAAAAAGUGAAUGAUGCAUUGAUUCUUUUGGAAAAGACGACCAAGACCUUACACAAUAUGAAGAUGGAAGAACAUAUCUUUCCCUCAAUGACAUCAUACUUUAAUGCAAUAUCAGAUUGGAGGACUAGGUUAGCUAAACAAUUUAUUGCAUUGGCUAAACACCCCAGGGUAACUCAUACAGAGUUACAGAAGGCACUAUCUGGUCUUUUAAGGCUUGGUGAAGGUUAUCAGGCCAACAUUUUACUGCUAAAGUUUUAUCAUUUGCGUCUUGAGCAUCGUCUACAAGAAUUAUUUUCUCAAAAAGAAUCUUUAGGUCACUUCUAUCCCUAUGAAGUUGCAAAAGCUGUGUUCUCAAUUAUUUUUCAAGCAGCAAAAAGUUCUAUAUUCUUGAAUGGGGAAACAUAUCCUUGUUCCCUAGAGCUUUUGGAUUGGGCUAGGACAGAACUUGAGGAAUUUAGUCACAUUGUUUAUGCAUAUUUUAUAUCCAAAUCAGAAAUAAUUGUCAAAUUUCAUCAGGCAGUUGAAGUUGUACAUUAUGCUAUCUCACUUUGCUCUUUGUUGAGUUCUCAAAGACUAUUCUUAGUGCAUGAUUUGAUGAAUUACUUGAGGCCUUGUAUGGAGGACUUAUUAGACAAACAUUUGGAUCAUUAUAGAGAUGUUUCCAGAAUAUUGGUGGAAAAUGAGACUUGGGUCCUCAAAAAGUUUCUUCUGUCAGAACUGAUUGAGGAAACACCAUCUACAGCAGAGAAUGGUGCUGAAGAGGAGUAUUGUUUACUAACUUGCAGUGGAAGAAAGUUUGUCCCAUUAAUACAGGACAUUGUCAAUGAUUUCUCUUCAAUGGUUACUUUUGAGAUGGGAUGUUCGAUUGCUCAAGGACUUGCUGGCCUAAUUAAUGAGUAUAUUAUUUCCCUAGAACAAGCUAUUCAAAGUAAAGAAACUAGUCUAGGAAUUUUUUAUCAAGGAAUUAUGGAGACUUCAAAGCUAGAGCAGCAGUUAUUGCUUCUGGUUAACACUGCAACCAUUGUGAAACUUUUACCCAUUAUUACCUCUGGUAUCUUUGGCAUUACAAAGCCUCCACAUUCUCAUUCAGAUCAGGUUAAUAGAUCAUCACAGGAGCUUUACAAUUUGGUGCUUUCUGUUGAAGAAGCUGCAGAUCGGUUACAAAGUACUUUCUGCCACCAAUUUGUUAAUGCAUCAGUGCCCAUUUUGGAAUCAAAUGCUAAAUAUGCUUACCAGAGUACUGCUGGCUCAAAACAAGAAAUUAUGUUUCCAUCUUUUAUUUUUCAGGAAUUAUUCUACUGGUUGAGGAAAUUAGAGAAUAUUUCCAGAUCCAUCUUUGAAGGCAAGCAUGGCAUAGUGAAAUUGUUGAUAAAGUUAAUGGAAGCAUUGCCUACUUGUCUUUCCAGUAACCAAAGCUUAUGGAAAAUCACAGAAGAUUCAUCAAAAAUUAGAAUGUAUAACUUCCUUGAGCAGGUUCACAUGGAUAUUUAUUUUCUUCUUGAAAUUGCAAAAAAUGGAGGAUAUCUUUCAGACAAUCUUUUAGCUACAACGAUGAAUACAUUGAAAGAAAUAGAUGUGACAUAUACAUCUUUUUGGGAUCUGGAUGGUGUUCUGCCAGAUGAUAGUUGGGUUCAAGAGAUCGCCAGUCUUGCUAUCGAAAAAUUAAAAAAACUUGAGCCAGUAGAGUCACAACUAAAGGCAGAACCUCCAAGAUCACAGAGGAUGGAAGCACCUGUCCUAGUUGAUGUUAGAAGAACCUCUGUGGAUUCUGCAUCAUCUGUUCAUAUUGAACCUGAAAGCAAGAGUCAUAUCAGUGGCAUGAUUCGUUUUGUAAAAGUAAUAGAAAGACAGAAUGCAGUUGCUUCUUUCAUUGAGGAUGAUAAAGUUUGCAAGAGCGAGGGAGAAACUGAUAUUCGAGGGCCUCAAGGCGGUUCAGAUGAGGAUGUUAGUUCAAUAGAUGUACUGGCACAGAAGCAACAAGAUGCCACCAAGGAGAAUUUUGCUGGCGAUGCCAAGUUUCUUCAAGUUUCUACUCGAGAGGGAGAGGGAGAGGUCGAGGCUAAACUGGAGAAGAAUCAUUCUAGGCUUCCAACUGGCAUCAUCAGUAGCCCUAUCGUUGAGGCUGAUUAUGUUUCUUGUUCUUCUUCAGAGGGCUUAAGUGAUGCUGAGGAACCAAUUGAGUACGAGAAAAAUUCCAAGAAGGAAAAAUCGACCGAUGUGAAAGUUAUAGAUCGAUACCGCCGAGUAUAAUGCAAUCAAUGCAACAUUGAAAUAUUAGAGGUAAAAGUAAACAAGGCAUGUUUAUUCUAGUUCACAUUUAGCCAUGUGUGUGUGUAUGAGAGAGUGAUUUUUGAUCAAAACAUCAAUAUUAAUGGAUGAUCAACAACUAAUAAUAUGGUGUGUGUGUGUUGUUUGCUAUCAACUAUGCACCAUGAUGGAUAUGCAGGGGAUU